AUGUCAGGUGCCGCAGCGUCACCAAGAAACCUCAUUCUGCGAAAUGGGACCCAGGCGCAGAAAUCAGUGACUCCGGUUGACCUCGACCCAAACCGGACAUUGACGAGGGCAACCAGCGGCUGCAUUCAUUCUACCGUCCCGGGCUUGUUGCAGGCACCUAUAACACUGAUGUCGAACAGGAUAUCGCCAAGUACAGUCCAUCUCCAGGCGAACGCUUUGCAGACAUCCCGGCCCAAGACCAAUUAG